AUGGCCGUCAACAAGAUUGUCAACGACUCGACACUCACCGCUGUUCUUCAAGUCUCGGACCAGGCUCGCGACCAGGCGCAGGCACUACUCAGCCUUACUGACCAGGCCAGGGAAGGCCGGCCAUCCGCCGAGCUCCAGGCUGAAAUCGCAAAGCAACAAAAGCACCUCCUCACGAGCAUCUCGCAUCUGCGUGGUCUACAUCGCACAGCUUGCAUCUCGGCGCGCGAGACCAAAGCCGUCACCUUGGAGGCCCGCCAGGAGGUCGACCGCCUGCAUCUGCAGCUGCAAAACCUCUACUACGAGCAGCACCACCUCCAGGGCGAGAUCUCGGCCUGCGAGUCUUACGACCACAAGUACACUCAACUUCCUCUCAUCCCGGUCGAGGAAUUCCUCGCUCAACAUCCUGAGCAUGUCGACAAUGACGAGAACGAGCUCAUGGUUGCCCGCAUCGACCACGAGCGCGCGGAACGCGAGGCGUUGGAGCAACAGAGACAGGAGCUCCUGAAACGCAAGCAGAAGUUGAUUGCCGACAACAAGCGUCGCAAAGACGAUCUCGCCAACCUGGAUCAAGAUCUUGAAAAGUUCAUCGAUGCGGCGAAACCUAUAAUGGAGUUGUUUGAAAAGGCUCCGUGA